GCCCCAUGGUUUCUAAUCCUGAGCUAGGCUAGAGAGAAAGGCAGUGAGCCUUUUCUAAUCUUUGCUGUCUGAGACCCAGUCGUAGUUGUUUGCACCUACUGCCAUUAGGUGUAGCAGCCACCAUGAGGUUUCUAUUCUUACUGUCCGUCCUCCUAGUGUCUGCAGUAGCAGCUGAAGAUUGUCCUAUUGAAGUUGAUCUAAUCCCGGGUUUACAAUCUCAUACUCAAAUACAGAAUGUAACAGGAGUCUGUAUGAGAAGAGCUGCUGGGGCAGGAGAUAUGGCCUACAGUCCACCCAGUGGUGGUGUCAUUAUUCCACCUUCAGUCUCUCGUAACUUUACAAGAAGGUCCUACUGUAUCUUGACGAUCCUUCGUGAGGCCAAUGGGAACUCAAAUCCCGUUCUACACUUUAGCAGUGGGACUACAAGGGUUGGAGACCUUUCUGUCAUUAACGGAACUAUUAGCCACACCCUCAGGGGGGUUACGGCGAAAUUCAGUGGCCAGUAUAACACGAGUAAAUUUCAAUACAUCACAGUCUGUGUUAAUGCAGAGACGAGUGAAGCACUGUUGUAUAUCGAUUGUGAGAGUUCGCCGCGAGAAAGAGUACCUUUUAUUCAAAGUGCUGGUGGUGUUCUUGCUGAUGGAUUUACUGCUAUUCAAAGUGGGGUUAAUGCCAACGACACUUUUCAGGGAGCAGUUCAAAUGUUAGCAAUCAUUGGUUGUGUUGAACAAAGAGCUCAGUGUCUGGCUGAACCAAGUCAAUGUAAUCUGCCAAAAAUCACCCUAGAAACAGCACUGGGUAUCCUUGGUAGCCCCACCUCCCCACCCUCUGUCAUUGGAUCAGGGGAUAGACCAACUGGACCUGCUGUCGUUAUCAAGGGGGCUAAAGGACAAAAAGGAGCACCUGGUGAUAUCGUAUUUGGGCCGCCUGGUUUGCCUGGACCAGCUGGUCCUGAGGGAGCCCCUGGAUCACGUGGACCUCCUGGUCUGCCUGGUCUACCUGGAAGGAAAGGACCCAGAGGAGAGCCUGGUUUGACUGGUAACAUUGGAGGGAGAGGACCACCUGGACCUCCUGGACAACCUUACAUUGUUAAUAUUCCACCUGGUACUGGUGGAUCUGGUCCCGCCCCAUCAGCACCAUCAGUAAAAGGACCCAAUAAAUCCCCAGGAUCCUGUCUAACUGGAGAGCCAGGCCCUAGAGGACCCUCAGGACCCCAGGGACGCCGCGGACCACCUGGUAACCCUGGAGCUGAUGGACCCCCUGGACCACCUGGUGAACGAGGCCCUCAAGGUACUAUCGGAAUACCUGGAGCACCUGGAGAGAGAGGAAGGAAUGGAGAGCAAGGUACUUCAGGUCCCCCCGGGCAUCCUGGGCCCCCUGGACCCCCUGGAGAUAAAGGACAACAUGGACUACCAGGACCUACAGGUUUACAAGGAUUGAAGGGACCCACUGGUAUGGCUGGCCCACCAGGUAACCCUGGUAACCCUGGCAGUGAUGGACCACCUGGUCAAAAUGGUGACCCAGGACCAACAGGACUACCAGGGAAUCCGGGUCCACGAGGAGUUGUAGGGUCUCCAGGAGCACUGGGACCUCCUGGACCACCUGGCUCACCUGGUGAACUGGGGGAACAAGGAACAAAAGGAGCUAGAGGAUCAGCUGGUGCUAGAGGUUUCCCUGGAGGUAGAGGAGCACCAGGAAGUCCUGGUAGAGAUGGUAGUCCAGGAGCACCUGGUCAAGCUGGUCAGGAUGGAAAUAGUGGAAGGAAUGGAGAGCAAGGUCCGCCUGGACCUGAAGGACUACCCGGUCACACUGGUCCUGUUGGAUCAACUGGUGCUAAAGGAGCAGCUGGACGUCCUGGUCCUCCAGGUGCUCCUGGUAAUCCUGGAGAGAAAGGAGACAAGGGAGAUCAAGGUCCUAGAGGUCCUUAUGGUCAUAAAGGAGAGAAGGGAAAUUCUGGUCUACCUGGUAAUCCUGGAGCACUGGGAGAAUCUGGAAGCUUGGGUCUUCCUGGUCCCCCUGGUGAUAAUGGUAGGGAUGGUGACAAUGGGCAACCAGGAGCACCUGGUCUUCCCGGAGCCUCAGGCCCACCUGGUGAAGCAGGCCCUGAUGGUCCACCUGGUCCUCAAGGAGUCCCCGGCUGGCCCGGGUCUAAAGGACAGAAAGGAGUGAGUGGAGCACCAGGUCAAAGGGGACCACGUGGUAACACUGGAAGAAGAGGACUGAUGGGUAUUAACGGUAACCCUGGACCAUCAGGAGCACAAGGACCUCAGGGUUCUAGAGGAACACCUGGUCCCCCUGGACCACAGGGGAAUAAAGGAGACAGAGGAACACAGGGUCCUCCUGGAUCACCCGGAGAACAAGGUUUUGAAGGAGAAGCAGGUCAAAGAGGACCAGCAGGACAACCUGGAGAUGCUGGUGUACCUGGUCGUGAUGGAGAACCUGGUCAUAGCGGACCGUCUGGUGAUCAUGGUGUAGCUGGUAAAGAUGGACAGCCAGGUCCUACUGGACCCAGAGGAGAGAAGGGGGCAGGAGGUGAUCGUGGACCACCUGGUGAUGUAGGAGCCCCUGGAAUAGCAGGAUCAGCUGGUCUAACAGGCAGUCCUGGAGUUGAUGGAAGAGAUGGAGACACUGGCCCACCAGGACCAGCUGGAGCAGCUGGACCCAGAGGAGAAAGAGGAGACAGAGGAGAGAGAGGAGAACAAGGUCCUAAAGGACCCACAGGAGAGACAGGACCUCAAGGAUUACCAGGCAGUGCUGGAGUCAAUGGACAAUCGGGUCAACAAGGUCCUCCUGGGCCACCUGGACCUCCUGGUACACCUGGAAAUCCUGGAUCACCAGGUCAAGCUGGUACCCCAGGGGCUCCUGGGUCACCAGGGGAUCAAGGGGAACAAGGAGAAAGAGGAGACUCUGGAGAAGAUGGACUACCUGGACAACAAGGUCCACCUGGUGAAAGUGGAGAUGUUGGAUCACAAGGAGAAACUGGACCAACUGGUCCUGAUGGUGCUCCUGGUAAUCCUGGUAGUGAAGGUCAACGAGGAGAAACAGGUCCACCAGGUGCUACUGGUCCACAAGGUCCACCUGGUCUUGAUGGAGCUUCAGGUGAUAGAGGUGACACAGGUUCUGCUGGUGAUAAAGGAUCCAAAGGUUCCAAAGGAAACCGUGGUGCUACAGGUGCACCUGGUAAUGAUGGCACCCCCGGGAAAGAGGGAGGGCCUGGAGUGAGAGGAGAGAAAGGAGACCCUGGACCCAUCGGAUUAUCUGGAGUUACUGGAGCAGCUGGUACUCAAGGAGUAAGAGGAGACCCUGGACCGCCUGGUUCUUCAGGCCCACAGGGACCAGCUGGGUCAGCAGGAGAUGCUGGUGCUAAGGGUGAGCCUGGGGCCGCUGGACCAACUGGAGCUCAAGGACCCAAAGGAGGCAGAGGACAGAAAGGAGAUAGAGGAACACCUGGACAACCUGGGCCUAAUGGAGCACCUGGUACUAGCGGAGAUCAUGGAGCAAGAGGACCACCUGGUGACCCUGGAACCACUGGAGCUCCUGGUAAUCUUGGUCCCAUUGGACCACCAGGCCCACCUGGAGCUGUGGGUGAGCCAGGCAGUAAUGGUGAAGAUGGUUUAGACGGAGCAAAUGGAGAGCCAGGUCCUCAAGGUCCCAAAGGCCCUAGUGGCAAUAGAGGAGAUACAGGUCUACCGGGACCAGUUGGUAGUCCCGGUGAUCCAGGACCAAAAGGAUCAUCAGGAGAUAAAGGAGCUAUGGGACCAAGAGGGAAUAGGGGUAACACUGGAGCCCAAGGACCUCAGGGAGAGAAAGGAGAUAAUGGAGCUCCAGGACUCUCUGGUGCCUCUGGAGCAGCUGGAGCUAAUGGUAACCCUGGGGAUGAUGGUGAGAAGGGGGAUUCUGGUCAAACUGGACCCGGAGGAGAUAGAGGUCCUCAAGGAGACGUGGGUCCUAAAGGAGAGCAAGGGUUGAAGGGUGACAGAGGAGUACAAGGUGAAUUGGGUCCACCUGGUGAGAAAGGAUCCAAGGGACAAGUGGGACUCCCAGGACCAUCUGGACACAAAGGAGAACAAGGAGCUAAUGGUGCACCUGGUGCUGACGGAGGUCCUGGACAAGCAGGAAGUACUGGACCACCAGGACCACAAGGUCCUCAAGGUGAUCAAGGGUUAACUGGACAAAAUGGAGCUAAAGGUGAAAAAGGUGAAACUGUAACAGUGACAAUAACCAGUCCAGUUGGAAAUGAGGUCCCACCAGAGAGUGGACUGAAAGGGACAGAGUAUUACAUUGGUCAAAACAGCGAUAAGGUUUUCAACGAGGGAGUCUUCACAAUAUACACGGAACUAGACUCCAUCAAACAGACACUUAGAGAACUUUUAAAACCAAACGGGACACGAUACAACCCAGCAAGAACCUGCUACGACUUAUUUUUAUGCAACCCUCAGUUCAUGGAAGGACUCUAUUGGAUUGACCCUAACCUUGGAUCCACUGAUGAUGCUGUACAGGUCUACUGCAGUAAGCCAGGCUGCUCCUGUGUGGAGUGUACUGAUAGCAGCAUGUCUACCAUUGAAGAAAGACAGACUGUGGAGUUUGAGUGUCCUAUUCCAUAUGAUCAGUUGGGUAUGCUGCAGUUGUUGAGUAGCAGUGCUCAGCAGAAGGUUCGGUAUCAUUGUGACAGACAAACACAUCAAAAUAUAGAGGAGAUGAGACUAGUGGGGACUGAUGGGGAGAAAUGGAGACUCAACAACAGGAACAUCAAAUAUGAGACUGAUGGGUGCCAGCUAGGAUCUCUUAAUGAGGGUUCUGGCUGGUUUACAAAGCAGUACAGUAGCAGCAUGUCCCUCAGUGGUAGCCCCACCUGGUUCCCAAUAGCUAGUGUAGUCCCUGACCAGAGGAACAGUCAGUAUGGAGUGGAAACAGGAAGAGCUUGUUUCUGCAAUAGACUAUAGUCCUUCUUUUAUACAUGCAAAUAUGCAAAUGCCAUCUUGGAAACUUCUUAAAUUUAUUUUCAUUUUGUGUUUAGUAGACAUUCUUGUGAAAUGUGGUUUAAUUCCUUUAUAGUUCACACUGUCCAUUAUAUACUAAUACUAAUACUAAUACUCUUCAAUCCUUAUUGUACAGUGUGUCCUCUAGUUAUUAACUUCAUGUUCAACACAGUCUAGUGUGUAACUAUUA